CCUCCAGCUCGGUAUCCAAUUUCGAUUUGGAGACGGGUUAGUGCUCGGGUGGCUGUUGGUGGCCCUCAAGGCUGACGUCAGUUGGGCCGCUGGCCCCAUAUGUCAGGCAUCCCCUCAGGCCUCCGGUCAGGUGGGCUCGACUGGGCCGCCGGAUGCGACGGGGAGGCGGCCAGCAGGCGGCGGCGGCGGCCCGUCCAGGCCUCCCAUCACCCUAUUUCGACGCCGACAUGUGGGCCCUGCUGCCUGCAGCCCGCUGGGUCACCUUCACUCCGGUGCCCGAUGCCGCCGCCGCAGUCCUUCCUCUGCGGGCUGCAGUCUCUCCCCAUUGCAGCUGUUGGACGCGCGGGGGCCGCGCGGUUGCAGGCUUGCCGCAGAGAGCUUCGCGUUCGCCCGCGGCGGCUACCACCCCCACACCCCUACCGACCCGCACACUCCAAGAGAUCUGCUGCAAGCAAGGAAGUGCGGUCCUUGUCCCGUGAUGCUCGCAAUGUGUUCCACGGAAUGGCAGGUAAGCAUGGCAGUGAGUCAAGCCUUCACUCCUCACUCGUGGAUUCAUUGGUUCACUGGAUUGCAUGAUCUUGAUGAAGUGUUGGAGGAUGCCAGCGGCAACGCCACAUGUGAUCCUGAUGCCUUUAGCUCACCAUGCCCCCUUUGUAUACGAUGAAAGAAAUGCCUGAGCUAGUUUUGACAGCCGAGCUAUGUAUAAGAAAAAUGGCCCUUAAGCUAUUGUUUGUGAUGUUGGUCAUUGAAUAACAACUUAACCAUUGAGACUAAUAUAUGUAUCAAUUCCCAGGAUUUCUCUAGCCUGGUUAAUUUGUGGGUCAGCCACUCCAGGUCAUUUUGAUGGGUGGCCAUUAGGUAGCUGAACCCCGCGCUCAUCUUCAACUACCAUGUUGUGAAGUGUGACACAAGAAUGCAAGUGGAGCUGCGGUCUGGCGGCCUGUGGAGGCCGAAGAGGAGAGGAGAGCAGGGAUGGCCGGAUGGGAGCGGCGACCAGGGACCGGGUGCGUGACUCGGAAGACAGGGAAGGAGAGUAGUGGGAGGGGCAGACUGGUGAGCGGCGCCCGAUUCGAGCUGAGCCAGUGCCUCUAUGUAGUGGCGGUCCCACCAGGCAGUCACUCCUACCUCUUUUACUCUAGGUCAGGUGAGUUGCGUGGGCCCAGCCCAAACACUUUCCCCACCCCACCCCAAUUGUGGCGGCGGCGACCCGGGCCGGCGCGCGGAGAUCGGCGGCUGGCGCGGCAUCAGCAUGGCUUGCUCCGGAGCUCCGAUGCACGCAGCGGUGGCCAGAGGAGGGCUUGGCGGAGCGGCGGCGGGCGUGGCGUAGUCGGUGAGGCAGAGCUCCGGCUGCUGCUCCUAGCAGCUCCGCAGCGGCCUCCCUGCCGCAGUCUCCCGCCUCCCUCCGCAUGCUCAUCGCUCUCCAAGCUGUUCCAGCACAUCGACGACGGCUUCGUCGCGCUCGACAGAAUGCCGCUGCAGGAGGACGACAGGGGAAUGCCGCUGCAGGAGGACGACAGGGGGAGGCUCAUCGUCGCGCGGUUCCGGUGGCUCCAGGAGAUCGUCGGCGAUCAGAUCCAUGCCGCCUCGGCCGCUGUGCUGGAGAAGAUUCCGCAGGACUCAGAGGUUGUUUUCGCCGUACUCGACGUGUCGUUGGAUCUUAACCUGAACGAGGGGUUGCGGGAGCAGGAUGAACACACUGGCUUUUGCUCUUGUGGAACAUUUGAAGGCGGUGACUGCCCGAUAUUGUGCUCCAUCUGGAGAAUUGCUCCAGACCAGAUGCUGCAUUUGCUCAGUUUCUUGCUACUGCCCGGUGCCCGCUGUGCCAGUCAAUGCUGGGAAGACUACUGCAGAUCCGCGAGCAUCUCAAGUUUGUUGGUGUUGUGGAUCCACGGGCUGCUCAGAUUAAGAAUUCAGUGACACAUAUUUCAGGCAAGAGUUAUACCCCUUAGCUGCCAAUACUUCUGGUUCUCAUGAACGUGCGGCUACAGAAUUUAGAAUGUCAUAUGUAUUCUUACAUCAUGAUACACUCUUUGUGAUUGCUUAAACAUUCAAUUUUGUAGAAGAAUUCGGACAAGUUUUGGUUUAAGUACAAAUGCAUAAUUAAGAAUGGCCGUGCUCAUUGUGAAUUAAUACGCCUCAUAUUGAGUGCCUAUGCUCAGGUCCAGCAUAUUAAAAAUACAUUAAAAAAACAUGGUUUAAAAAACUCAUAGUAUAUCUGCAUGCUAGAUGGAAUGUACUACUUGAUACUUUGGGUAGAAGACUGUUAGUUGAUGAUGAAGUGACUUUUUGGAAAACUGAUUACAGUUGAGGAACUUUGUUUCAACUGAAAUUUCUGGUCCUGACUCUUACAUUAAUUAAACUUACGAUGUCAAUACUUAUAAUUGUGAUGGGCAAGUGUAAGUGUUAGCACCUUGGUUACAGAAUAAUUAUGGACGAACUUGGAUGGAAAUAUCUCUCCAAUAUGUGUAAAUAUUAUGCCUCUAGUCUCCACUUCACCACAUGGAGUAAAAGUUCUUAGCUGUUGAAAUGGUCCUUAUCUGGUAACUAGUUAGUUUCGAAGAACCUGUACUAGCUAAGUUUAGUGAUAUUAUUUUCGCUUAUUGCAUAUCUCAAUACUGCUCGUAGAUCUUUCCGUCCCAAUUUUUUAAAGUUAGUGCAAUAACUAUGUAGUUACAUGUGCUGCUGCUCAGCUUACAUUCUUCUCGUGUUGUGCCAAGAUUGAACGUUUAGGAAGUGAAGGAUUACCUGAUGGAUCAUAUAGCACUAUGAAAACUUUUUGCAAUGCUGAUUAUGUGAGGGCUUGCUGAACUCAUUUCUCAAAAAUUAUCCUCGGUCUCUACCUGAGCUGUGAUAUCUUAGUACUUCACUCAUGUUCAUUGCCAUAGGAGCACACAAGAUUUCUUGACAAAAUCCAGUAACUAUUCUUGGUCCUAGGGAAGCAUCUAGAUGGAGCAGUUUUAAUGAUCAAAGAUGGUAAACUUCUAUUUCCUAAUUUCUGCUUCUUGUUUCUUUUAUAGUAUUUAGCCUAAAUUUUGUGUAGCCCUAAUCCUACAUUCACUCUCCUUGCUUUUGAUCAAUAACACAAGCAGCCGCUGCUACUAACUACUACUCUGCAGAGUCAGAGAACUACCCAGAUAUUUGGAGUUCACAUUGAUCUUCAGCUGGCAACCCAGACAUACCAUAUGUUCUGGUUUCCAGUCAUUGAUUCCGAUUGCAGUGAGGAGCUUUUGGCUGCUACAGGAAGGUUACUAUAUGAAUAUAUUUUUUCGAUAAAUCGACAAGAGAUUUGGAGCCACAAAUUGCUAACUCAUGUUGAAUCAACCAAACAUAUAGGUUUUGAAGCAACUUUUACAGACUCUGAAGCCAACUGAAAUGUUUAUGAUGUUCUUUCUGAGUUCCAACAAUCUCGUGCUCCUAGCAAUGUUGAUUACCAAACUGUUGAGCAUGUGAAAUGUUUGAGGAUGUUAUGGAUCUAGUAAUUAGCUGUUAGAUUUGUUCCCACGAUGCUUGUGGAUUUUGCAACCCUUUUAUCUAAUUUUGAGCUCUAAUCUUUCUGCAAUCUGCAGUUUUCUCA